AUGUUCACAUGGUGUGUGAUGGUCGCUGAUGGUCGUCAUUUUGAACUCACCUCCAAGGGCAUCGGCCAGUUAGUCGGGUGCAGCGAAGGCCUCAUGGCCGACGAAUAUAAAAGCAAGGCCUUCCGUGUCGGUUUGGGGAUUCCUCAGCUCACUCCAGCCCCAGCAGCCCAUCCAGCCAUCGACAGCCCCACCCCAGCAGCUGAUACAUACCUUCUUACGCUUCCGACGAAAACUCCGAACGAAUCCAAGAUGCAAGCCAGAAAGACCCUCUUUUCUUUCGUCCUGGUUGUCUCAGCCUUGGCCGGACUUGCCUCAGCUGCCCCGUCGUCUGCGGGCGACGUUGCACAGGAGAAGGCCGGCACUCCGGCAGCCUCCGGUCCCGCUGAAGUCGGCGGAGCCAAGUCCGAGGCGGCUGCAGCACAGGCCAACACCAAACCCGCCAGCGAUGGUCACGCUGAGAAGACAGACUCGGCGCCUUCUACUUCUCAGCUAAACGCUGAUGCGACAACUGGCCAGCCAGCAGCCGAUGGCCAGUCCGGUGAUGCCAAGCACACGAAGCGAAAUGCCGAGGGAGCUGCCGCCAGCAAACCCGCCAGCGGUGGUCACGCUGAGAAGACAGACUCGGCGCCUUCUACUUCCCAGCUAAAUGCCGAUCCUCCAAGUGGCCAGCCAGCUGCCGAUGGCCAGUCCGGUGAUGCCAAGCACACAAAGCGAAACGCGGACGGAGCUGCCGCCAGCAACCCCGCCAGCGAUGGUCACGCUGCGAAGACCGACUCAGCCCCUCCAACUUCUCAACUGAAUGCCGAUGCUGACCCGACGACUGAUGCGGCGGACGCGACGCACGGCGCCGGCGCGCACACAAAGCGAAAUCAACCUGCCGGACCGCCGGAGAAGGCCGACUCAGCCCCCCCAACUUCUCAACUGAAUGCCGAUGCUGGCCCGACGACUGAUGCGGCGGACGCGACGCACGGCGCCGGCGCGCACACCAAGCGAAAUCAACCUGCCGGACCGCCGGAGAAGGCCGACUCAGCUCCCCCGACUUCUCAACUGAAUGCUGACACUAAUGGCCCAACAGCUGAUGCGGCGCACGGCGCUGGCGCGCAUUCACAGCAAAAUCAACCUGCCGGAUCGGCGGAGAAGGCCGACUCGGCUCCCCCAACUUCUCAACUGAAUGCCGAUGCUGGCCCGACGACUGAUGCGGCGGACGCGACGCACGGCGCCGGCACGCACACCAAGCGAAAUCAACCUGCCGCCACGACGGCCGCCGAGAACAAGAAGGACGGCGCCGAGCCCAGUCAUAAGGAAUCUCCGACCACCCAAGAGGCCCAGCAGCUGAACACGAGCCCCUCUGGCACUGGCGGCACCACUGAUUCUGCUGCUGCUGCGGACACAGCUUCACACUAG